UAUGUCUUAACAAUCUUAAUAAUAUUUUAUUAGAAGUACUACUCUUUUGCGGUACUGUUUUCUCCUGAUUUCAUUUCUGUAGACAAAACAUUAUACAAAGAGUCACUCAGUCACAGACGUACAAUACUUGCAGUUGCAGACUCCAGUGACAUUUUUUUCUUGUCUUGAAUCUCGAUGCCCCAAUCCGCAGCAGCAGAGGGUUAUUUGCGUGACGUGAUUAUUUGGUUUGCAUUUCGACGUGUUUAUCAGUUUAUGAUUAUGGACCUCCUCUCCCAAGGAUUGGUGUUUGGAGAUCGGUAGAAGUGCGCGACCAUCUGGGAAAUUGUUACAGUUCCCGUCGGAAUCCAGUGUGGCAGGCGCACAUUAUUGUGCCGUUUGCAGCCCGCAGGCCCUAAAGAUGACGUUAUGAAUCUGAUGACAAAUUCCUGUUGCCUGCGAUCUGGAGCUACGCUGCAGCCUGCAAGUGUUCCCGCUGGCAUUGUGGUCCAUUCUGAGCGAUUAUAAUAACGGCAAAAUUAUCCAGUCGAUACAACUUAAUUCUUGUUGCGGUUUACAAAUUCAGAAAUAUUGUCACCGAAAGAUGUGCCAUGUUGGAUGUGGAAUUGGUGUUCCAUCUUUGUUUAACUCUAAAUUCUGAAUUGCGUAAAGGAUAUGGGCAUGUCUCUGGUAUCUGGAGUUGGAUUUAGGAUACAGAUCGUGCGCGCGGAAAUCGGACGAAGAAAAUUGUGCGGGUUGAUGAACUGCAGAAUUCGUGGACUGAGAUACUGAAGAUUGCGCAAAGUAGUGCUCCAGGAUGCCGGCCACUGUUCCGGUACACGAGAAAAACUUUGUGAAAGAUCUCGUGGUUCCACCACAGUUGCAGGGAUGUAAAGCGUUGAAAUAUGAAGAAAACGGCCUGCAGGUUAUACCGGUAACCAUUGCUGUCGAUCCGAAUUGUUUCUACUUUUUCUGGACAGAUCAGCAUCGCAAAUCUGAAUGUUUGGAAUUAUCAUCGGUUCGUGAUACUCGGAUUGGCGAAAAAAAGGCCAGAUUACCGCGUGAUCCGAAGUUGCUACAGCUCUGCCUAAUCGGUAAUGCGACCGAUCGGGAGACACCGCUGGAGGAAAAGUGUAUGACCAUUGUCUGUGGGAACAACUAUGUUGAUCUCAGAUUUGUUAGUUUUAUCUUUGCCAAGCGUUCUGAAGCUCACUUCUGGACAACUGAAUUGUUCCAGCUGGCCUAUAAUUAUAAAACACAGAAUCUGGGUUUGGAACGAACGCUUUUGAAAAUCUAUACAAAAUUAAAAAUAACUUCCUCACCCGAUAUUCGUAUCUCAGUGAAGGAUAUAAUACAGUAUUUUUAUGCGGACAAAGAUGAUCGCAAACGAUGCGAAAAGGCCUUGGAAUCCCAUAAAAAUGAUCCCAUAUUACUGGAAAAAUUUCAGUUUAAGGAUUUCUUGCGGCUGUACUCACAGAUUGUGCCCCGUCCUGAUUUGGAGAACAUCUUUGCUGAAUGUAUCGCCCAAUUUGGCAACAAGAACGCUAAAGUCUUAACUGCGGAACAAUUGAAGAAUUUUCUCAAUCGCUCUCAACGUGAUCCGCGUUUAAAUGAAAUCCUGCAUCCUCACGCCACGAUAGAGACGGCGCGUGCUCUGAUUGAUAAAUAUGAGCCACAUGAAUCCUUUAAGCAGGAAUAUCAGCUUUCGUUGGACGGAUUUAUCCGGUUCCUUAUGAGUGACUCCAAUGCGAUUAUCUCCUCCACAUGCUACACACUACAUCAAGACAUGAGCCAGCCUUUAUCCCAUUACAUGAUCAACUCUUCACACAAUACGUAUCUCCUGGGAGCACAGAUCAAAGGGAAGAGCUCGGCGGAAAUGUAUCGGCAGUCUCUACUGUCGGGCUGCCGUUGUGUGGAACUGGAUUGCUGGAACGGGGAGGACGGUGAGCCAAUCAUCACACAUGGUCGUACAUUGACCAUUCCUAUCAGCAUUAAAGAAGCUUUGGAAGCCAUUGCCGAUUAUGCCUUUAAGACGUCAGAUUAUCCGGUGAUCUUAUCUUUGGAAAAUCGCUGCUCCGCCCAACUCCAGGACAAAUUGGCCCGUUACCUUAAACGGGCGUUCGGUAGUGCACUUCUGGACAAAGCCGUGCCCAAUCACCCCUUAGACGCCGGUACUUGCCUGCCGUCACCGGAAUCGCUAAGAAAUAAAAUCUUGAUUAAAAAUAAGAAGAAAGCUCCCACCGUCGGCUCCAGUGUGAAUUUCCCUUCCGUUACGGGGGAUCCGCGCACUCCCGAAGAUCCUAUCGCCAACAAUGAUUCCGAUACGGACGACGAGAGCGAUGAAGUGGAGGGCAACAUACCGGACAGUCUGCCGGCUGACCCCGAGGCUGAGGUCAGCGACGCGGUCCCCGUGGAGCAGGCGCCGGUUGUCGCUGCCGUGGUGCCUAUGGUGGAGACGGAACUGAGCGCUCUCGUUGUAUACGUACAGCCAACCCGUUUUGACUCCUUCGAAGCGGCCAAAAAGCGAAAUCGUGGUUAUGAAUGUGUUAGCCUGGUUGAAGACCGGGCUAUGAUGCUCUUGAAAAAAGACCCGGUGCAGUUUAUUGAUUUCAACAAGCGUCAGUUAACACGCAUAUAUCCGAACGCUACACGGGUAAAAUCGACUAAUUUCCUGCCAUUUUUCUUUUGGAGCUCAGGCUGCCAACUCGUGGCACUCAAUGUGCAGACGCCCGAUUUAGGCAUGCAACUUAACACGGCUGUUUUCGAGUUCAACGGCUUGACGGGAUACAUUCUCAAGCCGGAAUUAAUGCGCCGGAAGGACCGCACAUUGGAUCCGUUUACAGAAUCGCAUUUGGAUGGGGUUGUUCCUGCAUCGCUUUCUGUACGCGUUAUAAGCGGGCUGAUGCUCAGUUUUAAGCGGAUAUCAACCUUCGCUGAGGUGGAUCUGUACGGGAUAUUUGGUGACAUAAAAAAGAAGGAUCACCGCACUAGGACUUGUUUGAACAACGGCAUGAAUCCUCAAUAUGAUCAAGUCAAUCAACCUUUUGUCUUCCGCGUUACGCUUCCGGAGAUGGCCUACUUGCGGAUAUCCGUUCGUGAGGAGAGGACAUCACGCCUGAUUGGGCACAUUCUCCUGCCCGUAAAUCAAAUUCGCCCUGGAUACCGUCAUGUCGUUUUGAGGAACGAGAUUGGCCAGACUCUGUCCGCUACAGUGUUCAUUUUUGUCGAAGUCAAGGACUAUAUUCCCACAUAUCAAAUUGAUCUGGCCAAUGCCCUGGAGAAUCCAAUUCGUCAUCAGACCGAGCACGAUCGCAGGCAGAAGCUGGAUGAACUGCUAGGGGAUGAUGAUCAGGAAGAUCUUGUCAAUGAUCCCGAUGCCGUUAACAAUGGUGUGCCGCGUGUACCUCCGCCGGGCAGAGCGUCGCCCUUGCCGAGCGCAAGAGUACCGUCCCACAGCGGCAGCCAGAACAGUCAGAAUGGCUCGCCGCUGUCGACUGGCCGACCGCCGUCGUCUUUAGCGCCAUCUCAGGGAGUCACCCGGCCUCCUAGUGCUAUCAAGCUGCCCACGGUGGACAGUAAUAAUAAACUGUCAGGCAGUAAUACGCCCGGCACACCGGGUCCGAAGCGGGCAUCCCUUGUCCCGGAAAAUCCCGAUGAUCUCAAAGCACACCAACGACUCCAAGGUGUCCGUGCACCUACACUGGAGGAAGUCAAAAAACAAAGCAAAAGCCUGCAAAAGCUGGUGACGAAGCAGGAUAAGGAAGUGGAAGCCCUACAGAAAAAGUAUGUUAGCAGCGUGAGAAAGUUAGAAGACGGACAGGCCAAAGAGCAUGAGAAAUUAGUUCUGGAUCAGGAGAAAUCUCGUGCCAAUGUAGAAAAGAGGAAACUGAAGAAUUCUGCGGCUAAUCUGCUACCGACGGAUAUGGAAAAAGAUGUGGAUGAGUUGAUUAGGCAACACGAGUCUCAGCGAUGGUUGCACUUAAAGAAGCAAGCCGAACAGAUGGCCGCGCUCAAACGUGAUCAUUUUGCCAAAGAAAACGAGAUCAACCGGAAAUACCACGAACUGUUCUAUCAGACGCUGGAGGAAGAGCUCCAACAGCAGCAGAUAACGUUGAAUGAACAGCUGAAAACUGUCAAUACUGUUAAUGUCAACGAAAUGCUAAAAAAGCUUAGUGAGCAGGCGUCCAAAGAACUUCACGAUUUGAAAAAGAAUCGCAGUAAUCAGACCCAGCUGGAUCAGAGUCGCGAUGACCUGAAACAAAAAAAUGUGCGACAAGGUGUUGCCAUUGGAAAAAAGUAUGAAACAAUGUACGAAGACAGGAAGAAGACUCUUUCAGAGGAGAUGGACGUGAUAUUGCAUCAAAUGAAACGAGAAAAAGUCCAGGUCGAAGACGAUUUGGAUAGGAAGUUCAAUGAAAAAUGCCAAAAACUGGAGGAUGAGUUGACACACUCCCUGCCGAAUCGCCAUAUGGGUGAUGGUGAUAGUAGCCGUUCUAAUACGGCACUGAAGUCGUGAUAGCCUGUGUUUGUUGUCGUUUACAAAUUCGGUGAUCAGAUAAGAAAAGUUGUAUAUUUAUUUGAUGUCUUUGUUUUUUUGUAUGGUUACAAAACAGUCAUUCCUGUGCAAAGUUUUAACUGGUUUAUUACUGUCUGGUUUAAUUUACCUGGUGUAUAAUUGUUUGGAAUGAUAACAAAGAAAAUGGUUACGAA